GGUAUCACUCACGAGCAGAUGAACGACGAAAUUGGCAAUAUAUGAUCUGCAACGGGCCCUUCCCAUCCCCAGCUCCCCUACCCAAAGAAAAGGCAAACACUCCCGGAAACACAAAUACGAGUUCUUUAUACCCCUUCACUAUUCGUUCCUCUGCAAAGGAUUCUGUCCCUAACCGCCUAAUCUUUGCUGUGCAACCACACCGCCCUGUUCCCUUACGACAAAUGGCCCCUGGCGAACGGACACUCGACGUUGAACAGAAAGAAGAUGUCAAAGAGUACGGGGAACUCGUUGAACUCCUUGACAUGACAGGAGGCCAUUGAGAAGUUUGGUGCGGAUGCGACAAUGUUGAGAUUGCUGGACGCUCGGGACACUCUGGAGGAUGCGAAUUUCGAGGAGAAGACAGUGAAUGCUAAUAUUUUUAAAGUGCAUCCUUCGUUGAGAUGGAAAUUGUUAACGACCAUGCUAACCUUUGAUAUGGUCCUCGAACUUACCUUGAACUUACCGCGACGAGGCCUUUGA